UGUCUCUUCAGAAACUGGAAUAUGGUCUAUUGGUCUUAUCUAAGCCGACUUUUUAGUUCUGCAUACAAAAUCUAAUUCCCCAUUUAAUCUAUCCAUUUUUGGUACUGUCUUCUUUUUUUCGUUAUCCUCUUUUCAUCUUCUUCUAAAUUCUGAAUCCAAAACUCUCAAUUUUUUUCCAUCAGAAAUUUAGGGUUUUACAGCCAAAACCCUGAACAUUAACUUCUGAAUGUUCGCAAAUUAUGGAGCAAUCAACAGCAAAACAUUUAGAAACGCAUAAUCAAAUUGCAAUUAUGGAGGAAGAUGACGAUACCUUUGACGCCGAGGAAUUCAGUAAUGGCGACGAGGACGAAGAAGAAUUAGAACUAGUAGAUGAAGAAGAAGAGCAUGUUAGCAUCGCUAUUCCUGGAAAUACUAUGAAAAUGAAGAAUACUAGUACUAAUUCUGGUUCUGCUGAUAGAAUAUUUGAUGCUUCGUCUUCCCUUUCCUCUUUAAGGAGGAGAAGAACUAGUGAACUUACUAUCGCUUUUGAAGGCAAUGUUUAUGUGUUUCCUUCUGUUACGCCUGAUAAGGUGCAAGCUGUUUUAUUACUCUUGGGAGGGCAGGACAUGUCAACUAAAGUACCUACAUCAGAGUUCCUACAACAGCAGCAUAAUAAGGCACUAGGUGAUCCGUCAUGUGGCCAAAAGAUAUCGCAUAGAAUCGCAUCUUUGGUUAGAUUUCGAGAAAAGAAGAAAGAAAGAUGCUUUGAUAAGAAAAUUCGUUACACAUGCCGGAAAGAGGUUGCUCAAAGGAUGCAACGCAAAAAUGGACAAUUUGUAUCCUUGAAGGACCGAUACAAACAGGCUGCUGCUAACUGGGAUCACAAUGAUGGUACACCACCUCCAGAAUGUGUUCCUCGCAGUUGUCAGCAUUGCGGAAUCAGUGAGAAGUCUACACCAGCUAUGCGUCGAGGUCCAUCUGGUCCAAGGACUCUUUGUAAUGCCUGUGGGCUUAUGUGGGCAAACAAGGGAACCCUCAGAGAUCUUUCAAAACCCUUGAGGAUUGUACCUUUUCGGGUUGAUCUGGACACUCCAAGUAAUCGAAAGCCUGUGGCCAUGGAACCUGAUAAUUCUUACAUAAAUCAAGAUAUGCAGAGAAGUUCAGAGGAGGGAAAGAUUUUAGCUUCUGUAUCAGGAAAAACCUCAACUAGGGAGAAUGAGCAGGAUUUGUUGGAGAAUGAUGCUAUCACAAAUGAUUCUACAGUCUCCUUGCGAAAUAUAUCUGUCAAUACUGCUGAACAGGAGGCUCUAGAGGAAGUUAACAAUGGUUCUGGACCAGAAUUUGAGAUUCCUUCAGGCUUUGAGGAGGCAGUGGGAGCUUUUUACUAGUUAGCUUUAGCGAUUGGGAAGGGAUGCAAAACAUUUUUCAUUUUGUUUGCGAUAGCGAGAGCUGCACAAGCAGUUGGCAAAUGUAUAUUAUUAGUGAUUAUUAACACCUCAACAACUUACAGGUUCAGGAUGCAAAUUUUCCAGUGAUGUUGCUUUACCUGUAAAUUUAUUAUGUUUUUUUGUAAGAGGGGAGUAACUGCCCCUAGCUAUAAUCGUAAGAUUGUAAAGGCUAUAUCCUGUAUGUUUUAUUUUCCGUGUAUAUUACAUUGACUUAACUUCUCACGUUUUAUGUGAUCGACAUGAUCAGGAUUCAGGUGGUA